GAUAGAGUCCGCGAAGGACAGUCAUGGAAACAUACCCCCAACGUGCUAGAGUCUUUAUAGGGAUGUAGUUUUUGCAACAAAAUAAUUUUCCUUUCAAUUUUCUAAGAGUGUAUUGUAAGUAUUUAUAAAUUGGUUAACUGAUCAAUUAUAGCGGCAUGCUGUUUUGUAUAUGUACGGGUGAAGUAUUGUGCUGGUCGCCCGCACUUGCACAGUUAUUGAAGAAUGCGUUUUAAGAGCUAGUCUGGGUGCCUAAAUUUGGAUAUACUUAUAUACGAGUUUCAAGGACAGUUUGUAAUCUCGGAAGUAUGUGUCGGUGGCAGUGGGACGUGGGAUUAGUAAUGCUUAUUGUGAUGAGUAACGCACUGCCAGCUUGCGAUGGUGGCACCGCGGCCGUUGCCCUGAAUGGGACACAGAGGCAGUGGAAUGGGACCGAAAGGACACCUUUCCAACAUGAUCAUGCCAAUAACAGCAAAAAGACUUUCCCUGUCCUCGGUUUCAAUUACGACCACGUUCGGACACACUUCCAGAUCUCACUCUGGAUCCUGCUGGCUUUCCUGAUGAAACUUGGGCUCCAGCUGAUCCCACGGCUGUCCUGCAUCGUGCCCGAGAGCUGCCUGCUUAUUGUAGUGGGGCUCUUUGUGGGUCUGGUUAUCCAGGUGGUGGGGGAGGAGCCUCCAGUGCUGGAUUCAGAGUUCUUCUUCCUGUGCCUGCUGCCGCCCAUCAUCCUGGACGCCGGGUAUUUCCUGCCCUUGCGGCCCUUCAUGGAGAACCUGGGCACCAUCCUGAUGUUUGCGGUGCUGGGCACCCUGUGGAACGCCUUCUUCGUGGGCGGGAUCUUGUAUGGCGUGUGCCGGUUGGACAGUGCGCACCUGGCCGGCGUGGACCUGCUGGCUUGCCUGCUCUUCGGCUCCAUGGUGUCGGCCGUGGACCCCGUGGCCGUGCUGGCCGUGUUCGAGGAGAUUCACAUCAACGAGCUUCUGUUCGUCCUGGUGUUCGGGGAAUCGCUGCUGAAUGACGCAGUAACCGUGGUUCUGUACCACCUUCUUGAGGAGUAUGCGGGUGUGGGUUCUGUCAGCGCGCAGGAUGUAGGCCUAGGCGUGCUCAGCUUCCUGGUGGUGUCACUGGGAGGGGUUCUGGUCGGCGUCAUUUUUGCCGUCAUGGCGGCCUUCACCUCCCGCUUCACCCUGCACAACCGCGUCAUCGAGCCGCUCUUCGUCUUCCUAUACAGCUACAUGGCCUACCUUUCUGCGGAGGUCUUCCAUCUGAGCGGCAUCAUGGCGCUGAUUGCGUGCGGGGCAACCAUGCACCCAUACGUAGAAGCCAACGUGUCUCACAAGUCUCACACCACCAUCAAGUACUUCCUGAAGAUGUGGAGCAGUGUGAGUGAGACCCUUAUCUUCAUCUUCCUCGGUGUGUCCACGGUGGCCGGACCACACCUGUGGAACUGGACCUUCGUCACCGUCACCAUCCUCCUCUGUCUCGUGUCCCGUGUGCUAGGUGUGGUUGGCCUGACUUUCAUCAUCAAUAAGUUUCGCGUGAUCAAGCUGACCACCAAGGACCAGUUUAUCGUGGCGUACGGUGGCCUGAGGGGGGCAAUCGCCUUCUCCCUGGGCUUCCUGCUUGAGAAGGAGCACUUUCCAAUGAGGAACCUUUUCCUGACUGCCAUCAUCACACUGAUCUUUUUCACGGUGUUUGUGCAGGGCAUGACCAUUCGGCCGCUUGUAGACCUUCUGGCAGUGAAGCGGAAACAAGACUCGAAGCAUUCCAUCAACGAGGAGAUCCACACCCAGGUUCUGGAUCACCUGCUAACAGGUGUCGCACAUGUCUGUGGACAUUACGGCCAUCACCACUGGAGGGACAAAUUAACCCGCUUGGAUAAGCAGUAUGUGAAGAAGUGGCUGAUUGCAGGUCAGCGGUCCGAGGAGCCCCAGCUUAUCGCCUUCUACAGAACGCUGGCCGUAAACCAAGCUUUGGAGCUGCUGGAGAGUGGAGGUGAAAUGCUGCCCUCUGCUGGCCCGUCCACAAACUCCUUGCAGACCUUGAAGUCAAAGACCCAAGAGAAUGACCAGUCAUUGGCAAGGAUCUCAAAAGAUCGGAAGGAGGAGAUUAGAAGAAUCCUGCGUACGAACCUGCAAAGUACAGAGCAGAAGCUUCACUCCUACAGCCAACACACCCAGGAUGAAGCCUGGACUUUGCGAGUCCUCCACCGGAAGCAGGCAGAGAUGGGGAGAAAGAUGAGCAUCUUCCUUGCCGAUGCAGCCAAGCUGCAGGUCUCCCCUGUGCAGCACAGAUCAAGGCUGGCCUCAGCUCCCCAGAUCUACAACUCUCGCCCCUGAACAGUCAUUCCUCAGAGGAAGUUGCGAUGUCAGCCUGGGCCCCUGCCUCCACAGAGCCGGUUCUGAUGUUCCCUCAGUUCACCCCCCCCCCCCCCACCCCGUGAGAAGGUUUCCAGCAGAGAGACACUGAAAAAGGCUGCCGUUCUGAUCCAGGGCCCAGCACUGGGGGGUCAUCAGGAGCUGCACUGACAAAAACAAGUUUGAAUUACAACAAAAGAUUGUCUCAAACAGAAAGCCACAUGUCAAAGACGGCGUCUAAAAGCAGUUGUAUUGUAUUCCUCCAUUCCAAAUGCAGUUAAUCUUUGACAUUUUGGUUGACCAAGUGUGGACUAAUAGAGUGCAGGUAAAUAUUGGCUGCCAGGCCACAAGAAUGUGCACCGUGAGUUACUUAGCACGCGCUGGGUCCCGAGAACGUGCACCGUGAGUCACUGAGCACGCGCUUGGUCCCGAGAACGUGCACCGUGAGUCACUGAGCACGCGCUUGGUCCCGAGAACGUGCACCGUGAGUCACUGAGCACGCGCUUGGUCCCGAGAACGUGCACCGUGAGUCACUGAGCACGCGCUUGGUCCCGGGAACGUGCACCGUGAGUCACUGAGCACGCGCUUGGUCCCGGGAACGUGCACCGUGAGUCACUGAGCAUGCGCUGGGCCCCAAGCGGGGGCUUCAUGUCAGCUCCAGGACCUCUGCCUCAGCAGGCUGCACUCUGCCACCUCACACGCAACACCAAAUAGAAUUACACUUAAAAUGUUUUUGAGUUAAACUUCGGAGCCAAAUUGGGGCCCUAAGCAGAAUUUUAUUUUGAGGGCCCCCCAUUACAAAAUGCAGUUAACAAGACAUUCAAUAAAUGAUAAUCAGGGCCGCUGGAAAACUUAAUCUCCAGCCCACAUCUAGACAGAAUGAUCCUCUCUUCUGCCUCAUGAUUAGCAGGGUAGCUGUUGGGAUGUUUAUGUCACAAAGUUUUUCUUUUUUAUUUCAACAACAAACCCACCUUCACAUGAAUCACGAUUCUCCUCUUGUUUUGACUUUUCUUUCUUUUGCUGGUUCCCGGUUCAUAUUGCCGUUUGGAGGCCAUCUCUCCACCUGCAUGGAUCCAACUGCCUGUCGGCGCAUUUCACCGCUGAUUGGUCAGAUGCUGCCUGCUGUCAAUCAUUGCGGCAACGUCUGCAGUGUCAGAUUACUCAUCUCUUUUUUUUUCUCUCCUGCCUUGGGCUGACUUGAUGCUCUAUGCGUGCCUCACGGCAGCGAUGCGCAUUUGCAGACAAUGCAUCCCCUUGCAGAAAAUGGGGGCUCCCCAUGGAUCGUGGGGCCCUACGCACAGCGUGUGUUCUGCGUGUAGGGAGGGACGGCACUGAAUAAAUGCAUAUAUUUCUUUAUUUGUAUUUUAAAAGUUGGUUGACUUUAUUUUUUUACAUGCAUUCACCAAAAUUAGUACAUUUUGCUUAUCUGAUUUUUGGGGUAAAACUGUGCCACACAUGCAUAGAAAAAUCCACUUUUUGGCCACUAAAAUAGAUGAGGUUACCUUCUGGAUCAUUAAACUCAUCUGAUAGCCAUAUAAAGUUUGAUGCUUUAGAACAUAAUGCAUUGUUGCAUGUUUAGCUAAUGAAUAGUGUAUUAGCACUGUCAGUGUGCUGCCCCUCCUCGUGUAAUGGUGGUGCAGGACUCCGUGCUUUCAUAACCUUUUUUAUAACAUUUUUUGGUCUUUAAUGGUUAAUAAAUGAUACCUCACCAUGUAGUUUACAUGUAUUUAUUGACUGAAUCAAACCCAUUAUUGUCCUGCAUUAACUUGAAACAUCUACUUUGAUAAUGUUAUGUAUUAAAAUGAUUUAUCAGUCUUGAA